AUGAGGACUCCUACUCUUGCACGGUUGCCGUACCGUGCGGUGUCUGGCUUGACCAGCACUACCCGUUUCCAGUCCCAGACCUUCCUGCGUUUGCGAUGCGCAUCCACGGCCGCUUUGCGGCCCUCCGGUGUCGCGCCGGCUUAUCAGUCGGUCAUGAGGCAAUGGGAGCAGCGACGCAAUGCUGCCUCUGCUGCUGCUUCUGCAGUUCUCGAGGCCGCUGCGGCCAGCCCGGACAGUCUGUCGCAGGCCGCGAUUAUCGACAACCUUGACCCCAUUGAGGCUGCCCGUUUGGACAAAGUUCGGAACAUCGGUAUUGCGGCCCAUAUCGACAGUGGUAAGACCACUUGUACCGAACGAGUCCUCUUCUACACUGGUCGAAUCAAGGCUAUCCACGAGGUCCGCGGUCGUGAUGCUGUCGGUGCCAAGAUGGACUCUAUGGAUUUGGAGCGUGAGAAGGGUAUUACCAUUCAAUCUGCUGCCACCUUCUGUGACUGGGUCAAGAAGGAUAAGGAGGGCGUUGACCAGAAGUACCACAUCAACUUGAUUGACACCCCCGGUCACAUUGAUUUCACCAUCGAGGUCGAGAGAGCGCUGCGCGUUCUUGACGGAGCCGUUAUGAUCCUGUGUGCCGUGUCCGGUGUUCAGUCCCAGACCAUUACCGUCGACCGUCAAAUGCGCCGUUACAACGUUCCCCGUAUCUCCUUCGUCAACAAGAUGGAUCGUAUGGGUGCCAACCCGUUCAAGGCCAUUGAGCAGAUCAACACCAAGCUGAAGAUGCCCGCCGCCGCCGUUCAGGUUCCCAUCGGUGCCGAGGACGAGUUCGAGGGCGUUGUUGAUCUGAUCCGCAUGAAGGCUCUCUACAACAAGGGCGAGAGUGGUGAGGAGAUCUUUGAGACCGAUGAAAUUCCCGACAAGGUCAAGGAGAUCGCACAGGAGCGCCGGGCUAUGCUCAUCGAGACCCUUGCCGAUGUCGAUGAUGAGAUUGCUGAGAUCUUCCUGGACGAGGCUGAGCCUACCGAAGACCAGCUGCGUGCUGCUAUUCGCCGCGCCACCGUUGCCCUGAAGUUCACUCCCGUCUUCAUGGGUUCCGCUCUGGCCAACAAGUCUGUUCAGCCCAUGCUUGACGGUGUCGUUGACUUCCUGCCCAACCCCGCCGAGGUUGAGAACCUUGCUCUUGACCAGAAGCGCAACGAGGCUUCCGUGAAGCUUGUCCCUUACAACUCUCUUCCCUUCGUCGGCUUGGCUUUCAAGCUGGAGGAGAGCAACUUCGGUCAGCUGACCUACAUUCGCGUGUACCAGGGUACCCUCCGCAAGGGUUCCAACGUGUUCAACGCCCGCAACAACAAGAAGGUUAAGGUCCCCCGUAUUGUGCGUAUGCACUCCAACGAGAUGGAGGAGGUCAGUGAGAUCGGUGCCGGUGAAAUUUGCGCCGUGUUCGGUGUUGAGUGUGCCUCCGGUGAUACCUUCACCGACGGACAGCUUGGUUACAGCAUGUCUUCCAUGUUCGUUCCCGAGCCUGUCAUCUCGCUUUCCAUCAAGCCCAAGCAGACCAAGGAUGCCGCCAACUUCUCCAAGGCCAUGGCCCGUUUCCAGCGUGAGGACCCGACCUUCCGUGUGACCUACGACAGCGAGAGUGAGCAGACCAUUAUCUCCGGUAUGGGUGAGCUGCACCUUGACAUCUACGUCGAGCGUAUGCGCCGUGAGUACCGUGUCGACUGUGAGACUGGUCAGCCCCAGGUUGCCUACCGUGAGACCAUCGGCAGGCGUGUCGACUUCGACCACUUGCUCAAGAAGCAGACUGGUGGUGCUGGUGACUAUGCCCGUGUCAUGGGAUGGAUGGAGCCUACCGGCGCUCUCGAGGACAACAAGUUCGAGCAGCAAAUUGUCGGUGGCAGUAUUUCCGAGAAGUUCUUGUACGCUUGUGAGAAGGGUUUCAACCUCUCUUGCGAGAAGGGUCCUCUUAUCGGCCACAAGGUUCUCGGUACCUCUAUGGUCAUUAACGAUGGUGCCACUCACAUGACUGAUUCGUCCGAAAUGGCCUUCAAGAACGCUACUCAGCAGGCCUUCCGUAAGGCUUUCGUGGAGAGCAACCCUGCCGUCCUGGAGCCCUUGAUGAAGACUGUUGUUACUGCCCCGUCUGAGUUCCAGGGUGACGUGAUUGCCCUGCUGAACAAGCGUGGUGCUACCAUCAACGACACUGAGACUGGUGUUGAUGAGUUCACCAUCUAUGCCGACUGCAGUUUGAACGGCAUGUUCGGCUUCAGCUCCAACCUUCGCGCUGCCACCCAGGGCAAGGGUGAAUACACCAUGGAGUUCAGCCACUACGAGAAGGCUCCCCCACAAGUCCAGAAGGAGCUCAUUGCCAAGUACCAGAAGGCUCAGGCCGACCGGAACAAGAAAUAA